AAAUAAAACCCUACAAAAUCCUUUUUUGUUUUGGUUGAUUUGAACAUUUGAAGUGAAGCAAAAAACACCAAAGAAUCUCACCAUGGCAUCUACAGAUCGCAAGCAAAACAUUGUUUCAGCUCUAUGCAACCACAUGUCAACACUAUCAUUAGACCCAAAUUCAUAUUCCAGUAAUUUGGAUAAAGACAUUAAAAGCUUGUGUAUAGACAUUUUCAGUUCUUCCCCAAAUGGGCCUUCUAUCACAAAAGAUAAUGAGUUAAUGAAGUGGGUCGAGUUUGCCAGUAACUUCCCUGUUGAUUCUGGGGCAAGCUUUAAAUUUCUAAGUGAGUUGAAUGAGGAUUUGAGUAAGAAGUCUGUUAUUUCGGGCAAAGGGUUCAAGAUUACGGAAACUGAUAUCAUCGUCUUUGCCGCUGUGCAUUCAUCCGUGAUCAAUCUUUCAAACUCUGACUCAAACAAAUUGCCGCACUUGCUUAGAUGGAUGGACUAUAUACAGACUAAAGGUGGCGUCGGAGAUACAUUCCAAACAAUUUUGCUGGAGAAGGGCCAAUUUGCGCCACCUGCAUCAAAAAGUGUGAAGAAGGUAGAUGUGGAGUCAAAUGCCAAAAAGACUGAGCCAGAGACCAAACAGAAGAAAGCUGCUGCAGAAAAGCAGAAGUUGCCUGAAAAGGUAGAUGAGAAAGAUAAAGAUAUCAGCGUUAGUUUGCUUAAAUUACAGAUUGGCCACAUUAAAAAAGCAUACAAACAUCCAUCAGCUGACAGCUUACUGGUUGAGGAGAUAGAUGUUGGAGAAGAAAAAUGUCGGCAAGUAGUUAGUGGCCUGGCGAAGUUUUGCAGUCCAGAAGAGUUGACUAAUCGCCUUGUGGUGCUUGUGACAAACAUGAAACCAUCAAAACUACGUGAUGUCACAUCAGAGGGAAUGGUUCUAUGUGCUUCUAAUGAAGAUCAUACUGUAGUGGAGCCUCUGAUAGCACCAGCAGGUGCCAAAGUUGGGGAAUGCAUCUCAUUUUCUGGACAUGACGGGAAACCAGAAGAUGUUCUGAAUCCUAAAAAGAAGCAGUUUGAUAAAAUUGCGGUGAACCUUUUCACGGAUGACAAAGGAAUUGCCACAUUCAAAGGAAUCCCAUUCAUGACAUCUGCUGGACCAUGCAUUUCUUCAAUUCCUCGAGCAACCAUCAAGUGAUUGCACUUUUUCAGCAGAAUAACAUACUUCAUUGUAGCUUCUCUUCCUUUUAGGCUUGUACAAACUUUGUGGGAAAUGCAUUAUUAAGUUUUGUUUCACUUGCAUGAAAUACUGUUCUUUCUUUUCUUUUGUUAGCUGAGAUGGUUUUCUGAAAAGAAAAAAAAGAAGGGAAGUUGAUUU